AUGGAUGAUUGCCCCAGAACAGUUGAAUGGGCACAGGCUGAAACGAGCGAACUUCACUGGGCUAUCAAGCGACUCAAAGGCAUAAUCGACGACCCCAACUCAGUGGCCAAGACUUCAGGAACGUCGCUUGGGCUUCAUGAUGCAACUGUCACCAUCAGCGAGUUGAUAACGACAUGCGACGGUCUAAUCGAGGUGCUGAAGCCGUUCGACGAUAAUCGUGCUUUGGCUCACACGAAGCUGGGCAAAGUCAAGUGGCUUCGGGUGCAGGAUGAUGUGGUCAAGUACAUACGCGAGAUGCAAGCUCAUAAGGGUUCUGUGACUCUAAUCCUGAACAUUCUACAAUGGUCAUCAGUGGGAACGACACUGGCUAACUGGAAGGAAGAAGACGAUGACACGGACAACUCAUCGGUAGUCACGUCACACAAAGAUCAUGAGGAUUGGGCCACCUUUCGUUCAAGCAACGAAAGAUCCUUGAGUUUUCCAUCGCAGGGAAACAUAGUUCCUCAAAUAGCUCGACCUGUGCCGAAGCGCACUUCUUCAGCAGAAACUUCAGCCAAGAUAGGGAGCAAUGGUAUCUCUUCACCACCACGAAGGGAAUUCGAAGAAACUCUCGAAAAGUCCGACGUUUAUCAACGCGUGUACAACUCAACUGACGCCUUUUCGGUAUACUCUACCCGCAAUCGAUCGGUAGUAGGUUCAGUCAUGACCAGCUUCAGUCUCGCCGAUAACUCGUCCAUCCUCUCAGCAUUUCCCAUCAUGAGCAGGACCGAGCUGAAGCAUCCCGAGUACUACGCGCAUAUGAACGGAAACCAGCGCAUAUCUAAAGACCUGAUGAGAGCCAUCACCAUGCGAAGUGUCGUCAAGUCUCCAAUAGAGCCCAGUCCUGAAGCUCCCUUUUCUCUCAAACAGUUCCGUUCACCCCCUAACUGCGGAGAGAACGUCAUUGGUCGAUGGAGCAACUCUCGAACAAAGACGUGGAAGUCCAAAGAGUUUCGUACAGAGAUUCAGUAUGAAGUUCCUUUUAUCUUUGUAUCAACUCCGGGAUCCACUGAAGGAUAUAUCGACGGUGCGCAAAUACAUUUCAUUGAUGGGACACGAAAGAGUCUGGAUGCUACACGUACAGAUCUUGAACCACCCCCUACAAGCACAAAGACCAAGACUGGUCGUAUUGUCAAGAAUGAGCGUGCGACGUGGCUCACGCUCUUGUCGGGCCUGCAAAAGAUGGAGAAUCAGUCACAGAACUGGACCCGACAGCAGAUAAUGAGCCUCAGGCCGCGACCAGCCAGCGCACAAGCAAUACUCAGCUCCGUUGCAGGUAAGCACAGUCUCAGAACAGCUUUGCAGUGCGAGAGAAAGAGCUGGGAUGACAUGCCGCCUUCUGUGAACCGCCCGUACGCAACCACCACCAUGAGCCAACUGAUAGAGAUGAUUGCUAUGCUCGGUAUAUACUGGCGCGACUUUAAUCCGACCUACAACAUCUACCAAGCUGAAGGGAACGGGUUUCUUGUCAAAGGCCACAAGAUUAGUGGUCUUGGUAUCAUGUUCUACGUUCAGGCUCUGGACAAGGCCAUUUUUGAGGAAAAUAGGCCGGUUCCCAACAGAGAGGUUACGAGGCUUGCAUUUGGGCAACUUCCGAACAUCCUUUCACAAGUUGUUCGCUUGGGGAGUCGAAAGGACAUGGCUGAUACUCUGGCUACUCUUGGAUGUGACCGCACAUCAUCGAACUAUUUCCUGCGAGAUGGUACUAUGACAUCUCAUAUCUUCCCAAGAAUGAUGGGUCAGGUAUUCCACAUCAAGGAUCUCUGCUUCAGAUACAUACCAAACCCGUGUUACAACAUCUGGAGCACAAAGGGAUUCUCCCUACCAAGACUACUCAUCGCGUAUCGGAAGCAUCUGCAGGAGGAUAAAGACACUGCGCACGGGCAGCUCUUCAUCCACCUCAACACUCUCUUGUCUCCAAAGACGGAAAUUCAACUUCAUCGAGAUGUUCCUACAAGCUACAACUGGCAAGCUCAGGAUGCUUUACAUUCUGAUGUCAUUGGCUCUCACUUUCAAGAAGUUCUAUCUCAAAUGAACGGCCAGACAUUCCCGCGCUUUAAUGGAAGCGACAAAGAAGACGUCUUGAUGAGGACUUAUUUUCAACAAAUACUUCCCGCUGUGCAAAUCUCUUGCUCAGCAAGAUUCUUCAACUUGAAGACGGCUGACUCCGAAUUCAACGUGGUCAAAGGGGGAUAUGCUCAGACAGCAGAAAAAGAUACGUCGAGUGAGUAUACGGAUGGUUAUACAAGUAAAUGA